GGGGGGUCCAAUCCGGUUUUAGCUAGUUUCUGUUCCGAUGGAACAUUUAUACUAGCUACACUCUGUUACAAGGUACUGUUUGAAUCUUACUGAACACACAGUGCACAGUAAAUUUGCAGUCUCUCCGUUCGAGAAAUAAUUUUUCUUAAUUUUGUUUAGAACACAAGAAAAGCAACCAUGCCGAAAAGAAACAAAGCCAACAACGACACUGAAGCAAAUGAGCCCAAGAGGAGAUCAGAGAGAUUGCUAGCUAAACCCCAACCAAAGUUGGAGCCCAAGCCAAAGCAGAAGGCACCUGCGAAACCUAAGAAGGCCAAGGAACCGGAGAAGCCCAAACCAGAAGAGGAGGAGGAGGAGAAGAAGGAAGAAGUCCCAGCUGAAAAUGGAGAGGCCAAAGUUGAGGAGGAGGUGCCAGCACCCGAGGAGCCUGAAAAGAAAGAGGAAGAGGAGGCAGCAGCGGAAUAACAUCCUUAUCCCAUGUUUUACCAGUGCUCCCCGUACCUCUUUUCUUGUACAAUUCAGAGGAAUAUUUUUAUCAACUAUUUUCUAAAAGCAGGUUUUUUAGUAGUUUGAUUGUAGAAACACAUUUUUUAAAAAACAAAAAGAAAAACAUUUGGAGAGGGAUUCCACCUCAUCCCAUAUUUGUACAUCUCUGGACAACAUGACACAGUCAUUGUAUGGUCGAAAGUUUUGAUUUUCGGGGUGGGGGUGGGCGGACUGCAGCACUAAGAACAUGUAAUCCUGUCGUUUUUCAGGAAACUACGACUGGGAGAUUUUGCCUGAGUGACUAACAUUCCAUAGGCUAUAUAAGGGACAGUAUGUCACAUUUAUCAUAUAGGGGUGGGGGGUGGAAUUAUUCAAGGGGAUGAUGAUGCAUUGUUUUAUUGUUUAUAAUGAAAAAGGUUUUAGAAUGUUUGUAAGCUGUGCUCUAUAAAUGUUAACUCUGUUUCUCAUGCAGUUUUCUGAAUCAGCCAGUUUUGGUAAUGAACUUCCUGUUCCUUAGUAAUUGACUUCUCUCUAAAGCCUGUACAUUGCCUUGUAUUGGUUUUUGUCUCAUUGUUUGGUGAUAGCAUUGCAAUAACAUUGUAUAGCUGCUGUGAAAAAAUGUUUUCAGACUUUCUGUAUGCAGUAUGUAUUGGUACGUUGAGAGGGUGAAAAUGACAUAUUCCUGUGUUCUUAGCAAAGCUAAUGACAUGGCAUGCAUUACAGUGUUAAAACGUACUGGUUCUAACUGUUCCUUUGAAAAGGACAAAAGCAAAUGACUACUUUCACUGAAUCUGUCAAGUGAUCAUACCAGCAGUAGCAAUAUUUCCCCAUGUGGUUUUUAGGUAACAAGUACAAUUGUACAGUUUUUUUUCUUUGUAGCUGUAUCUGUGUAAUGAUUGGUAUAAACAAACCAAUAAACAGUUGGUUGUA